AUGGAAAGGCGAUGCGUCCAGGAUCGUCGAUUCGGCAAUCUGUAUCGCAACUUCAUGAAAGAAUACGAAGACCUAAAACAUAUGACGCUGGUGACAUGCUCCACAACUAGCAAUCAGUCAACGUACUUACCACAUCAUGGAGUACUCAAGGAGUCCAGUGCCACGACGAAGCUGAGAGUCGUGUUCAAUGGGUCGCAGCGAACGCGAACAGGAGACUCAUUAAAUGUACACCUCAUGACUGGAGCAAAUCUUCUGCCAGCUCUUCCUGACGUACUACUUCGAUGGCGUCAACACCAGUAUGUCUUCGUUGCUGAUAUAGAAAAAAUGUAUCGGCAGAUACUCGUGCAUCCGGAUGACUGCAAAUUCCAAACGAUCCUGUGGCGUCAUUCAACUGAUGAUGAAGUGCGAGAGUACCAGCUGAAAACGGUCACCUACGGUCUGGCGUGUGCUCCGUUUCUCGCCAUACGGACACUCCGUCAGCUCGCAACAGACGAAGAAGAGCAGUUUCCUCGUGGCGCCGUGGCUCUGCGUCGAGACUGUUACGUCGACGAUGUGGUCACCGGCUCAAAUACGCUGAACGAUGCGAUCGCACUCCAGACGGAAAUUCGCAACCUCUGCUUGGCGGGCGGAUUUCCGUUGAAGAAGUGGGCAGCCAACGACGAGAGGAUCCUGACUGGAGUACCAAGCGAUCAUCUUUUGCAGCAAUUGCCGCCAGCCUGGGAAGGAGAGAGCCACUCCACGCUAGGACUCCGCUGGCACCCGCAACACGACCAGUUCUCCUUCGUGUUUCAUCCGCACGCUGCCAUCAACCACACGAAGAGAACGGUUUUAUCCGAAACCGCACGGCUCUUCGAUCCAAUGGGGUGGCUCGCUCCAGUCGUGAUUCGAGCAAAAAUUCUCAUCCAAUCCACGUGGCUGCAAGGAUUGGACUGGGACACCCUGCUGCCGCCAUCCGAAGCUCGAGAGUGA